AUGUUUGGCCUUCCUAGUACUGGGAAGACACUUCUAGCUAAAGCUGUGGCUACUGAGUGUGGUACAACAUUUUUCAACGUUUCUUCUGCUACCCUGGCUUCAAAGUGGCGUGGGGAGAGUGAAGGAAUGGUCCGGUGUUUGUUCGAUCUUGCAAGAGCUCAUGCUCCUAGUACAAUAUUCAUUGAUGAGAUUGAUUCUCUUUGCAAUUCUCGAGGGGCUUCAGGAGAGCAUGAAUCUUCCCGACGGGUCAAAUCGGAGCUUCUAGUUCAGGAUGAGGCAUUGAGGAGGCGGUUGGAGAAGAGAAUAUACAUUCCACUUCCAAAUUUUGAGAGUCGCAAGGCGCUUAUAAAGAUCAAUUUGAAAACUGUUGAGGUAAGUCUUACUACCUAUACGGCACCAGGCAUGUUUAUUUAUAUGCCUGGUUGGGUAUUCAUAAGGCUUUCUUGUGCUGGCCCCAUCAUUGCUGAAGUGGCUCGUAGGACAGAGGGAUACAGUGGAGAUGAUCUAACAAAUGUUUGCCGGGAUGCUUCUUUGAAUGGCAUGAGGCGCAAUAUAGCAGGAAAGACACGCAAUGAGAUCAAAAACAUGUCCAAAGAUGAGAUUUCAAAAGAUCCCGUUGCUAUGUGCGACUUUUUAGAGGCCUUGAAUAAGGUUCAACCAAGUGUUUCAGCAGCUGAUAUCGAAAAGCACGAGAAGUGGUCUGCUGAAUUUGGACAUGGGAAGCACGAGACCUACAGAUGA